GUUACAAAAUUGUCAGUUACAUUAAAGUCAUGGCGUAAAGUCGAUUUAAAGAUUACAAAAUAAAAUUUCAGUGAUAAUAUCCGAUUCAACUGGCAAUAAGUAAUAUAUAAAUUAGUCAUGGAGCAACUGUACAUGCUUGAGAUGUUCAUUGACAAAGUCACAGUUUUUGUAUCCGAUGAUGAUGAAAAGAGCACAAACAAUAAAAAACUGAUUAUUAAAAUCAAAUUUGGACCUAAUACUGAAUUUAUUAUAAAAGAAGGACAACUGGCGGUAAAUGAAGGCAAAGACGAUGAUGUCAUCGACGUUGAUGAGAGUGGUCGGAAGAAAUGGACGAGAACGAUUAGAGUCGGUAAAUCUUAUCUAUUUCCAUCAUACCCAGAUACGUUACUUGUAAUUCUCAGUAAGUUUCCGCUGGAAAUUGAAGUAUGGAACGAUGACGAUACUGAAAUAAAUAUAUUUGUUGGCGUCGGUACUAUGUAUUGGCAAACGGAAUUUUUCCACAUGUUAAAAGAAACUGCUGAUAUUUGCAAGGUUCAUGAACCAUUAACGAUUAAAGAAAAUGCGCGUUUGCUGGCCGAAUGUCAUUGCAAACAAGUAGGAGAAAUCUCAUUUAUUCUAAGACUUAGUGCCUUGGGUAAUAGUAUAAUAACAGAAUUCCAACAGCCGAUGAGAGAUCCAGAUUCGUUUGUAUUUAGAACAAAUAAAGCUCCGAGUAUGUUCGAGUGUAAACGAAUAGAAGGCGACGAUCCUAACUUCUGUAUGGUAGGUAGUCUGUAUGAGACAACAACACUGGAAGACCCAGAUGUUAUAAAGAACGCUGUAACGAAAAUAGAAAUUUGUACAGAAGCCUCAACUUGUGGCAUGGACAAGUCAGGUCCCGAAAGUACUUGUAAGCACGGAGAAAAAGAUAAGAGACCAUAUCCGAUAGAUAAGAUCAGAAUGGGAGAUAUACGCGGUCCCUGUGGUAACCCGAACUGUCCCUUAGCACAUAAAGUCAAAACUUAUAUUAGAAACUUGGAUAGCUACAAAAAUAAAGUCGGCGUUGUUAGUAACAAAGGUGACAAUGUAACGAAAAAAAUAUGCGGGAAGUGUGAUUGUAAAGAUGAUCGUUGGCACAGGGAAAGUUGUCCAUUAAAGAAGGAAGCGACUGUCAAAGUUGAAUGCGAGGGUUGCAAGGGAGUCACCGAAGAAGGAGAAACAUGCGAGGAUAAAAAGAAAAAGUUAAUGGGCACAGGUGCCACACCGAAAGGCAGUAAAACACAAGUCAAUUAUUUAUUUAGCACUAUCAAAUUUCAAGGCCUUAAUAGCGGCGCUCAGUUAAGAAAUGAUUUUAUACAGAACUCACUUAUGAAUCCUUAUUUAAAAUCUGAUUCGACCAACAAGAGUGGAUGUUCCUGCUCUCAAGAGCCGACAUUUUGUGAUUCUGAAGAUAUAAAGUAUUUGGUAAAUCAGGACAUGUCAAUGGAGGGCCAAGAGAAGAAUCUUGAGACCGAUGACUCCAAGUGUUAUAUUAACGUUUACAAUUGUGUAGUAGUUCGUGAUGAGAAAGACUGUAGUUGUAAUCCCCCAAAACCGACUCCAUUGUGCAGAACAUUCGAUUGCGAGUGUAUGAGCAAAAUGACUGAUAUUGCAUCGAGAAAGAAUCAUAAACCUUUUUGUCCUUUAUACAAGCACAAAAGUACUUGUCCCGUGACAAAGAUUCAUGAAGAAGAAACUCAAAGAGAGGACGAUGAAGACGAAGCGGAACCAUUACCUUAUGGCUUGCCUCCAAUAAGUCUUGGACCUUGUCCUAUCAUGGGAAGACCGUGUAGCGUUCCAGAUGGUUUCGCUAAAAUGUAUAAGAAUGCGGCUUUGCCAGCUUUACCACCUAGUUAUAGUGACGCUGGCAAAGUUUGUUGUUCGAAAGAGUACGAAAGGGUCAAGAAAGCGUUGCAAGAGUAUAUGAAAUAUGAAAAAGACCACGACUAUAGAUGUGUCAACAAAUUCGACGUCGACACUGAGAGACGGUGUUGCGACAAGGAGCAACAUUUAAUGGCUCUGAUGGGCAAAGGCUGCUGCGGCGCACAUAAGAUGGCAAUACAAGAAAAGUUCAAUGAGAAGAAGUAGCUUCGGAUAUAAUUCAUUGACAUUUUAUUUUGUAAUCUAAAUAGGUUGUAAAUCUUGAU